AUGGCGAAUGACAGGAAACCGUCGGGCUUGUCCUGCCAAAAGUGCAGGACGCCCAUCGAUGUGGAUGCCUCCAUCGACCAGCUCAACCCGGCGGCCUUCAAGCUGUUGACAGAUUCAACCGUGUCUGGCCAACAGCAAGCCUCCAAGGGCUCCUCGCUCCGCCCAUCACGUCCGGCCUUCCCCGCCAUACGCUCAGAGACGUACAAGGAAGCCACCCAGGUGGCCAGGAACCCUACCUUCAAGCGCAGUGUGACGACGACGAGCAUGCCACAUAGCUCCGCAAACCCUGCCAUGUCCUUUAUCGAUGUGCACAUGUCCGAAUCCAUGCUGGACCCGCCAGCGUCCUCCUCCGGACCAGCCCGCCAUGUCGCCCGCCAGCCUCGGGCAGAAGAGCUUCUAACAAGUUCUAGCGAUCUUACGAGGAGAUCGAGUGUGGCAGGAAGUUCCAAUACAGCGGGUGGGACGAGCAUGGCUGACGGGCUGGAGACAACAAACCGCAUGUUCGAGAUCUUGUCUGCGCGCUCUGACAUUGACCAUCCCAUCUGCGUCGAGUGCACCGAACUGCUCGUAGAGGGUCUGCAGAAGAGACUGGGUGUAGCUACACGCGAGCGCGACGCCUACGUAGACUACUUGCGACGCGCAAACACAGACGUACCCAGCGCAGAGGAAGUCAAGGCCGCCGAGGCCUCGCUCAAGGCAGCGAAAAAGGCAGAGGCAACCGCGAUUGCCAACCUGGAGCAGCUCGAGGCCGAAAAGGCAGAAUUGGACGAGCAGCUAGCCGCGCUGGAACUCGAGUCCCGCCAACUCGACCAGGAGGAAAACGAGUUUUGGAAGACGAGGAACGCGUUCAGCACCACGUUGACGGCCUUUCAAAACGAGCGCGACGCCCUCUCCACACGCUACGCACACGACGCCCAAAUCCUCAACCAACUCCAAAGAAGAAGCGUAUACAACGACACCUUCAACAUCACACACGACAACCACUUUGCCACCAUCAACGGCCUCCGUCUCGGCCGGCUCCCAAGCCCUUAUGUGGACUGGCCCGAAAUCAACGCUGCAUGGGGCCAAGCCUGUCUCCUUCUGGCCACGCUCGCAGAGCGGCUGGGCUACAAGUUUCAGGGCUACGAGCUCUCGCCCAUGGGUUCUACAUCUACCAUCACUCGCCUGGAAGUCAAGGGUGCGGCGUCGGCUACCGCCAGCACCGCGGCCACUACUACCGCAGCUACUGCUGCUACUGCUACUGCUGCUGCAGAUACCUGGCAGCAGUCCUCGCCCUCGCCCUCGUCACCCGCCAUCACCCGCCACCGCCUCGAACUCUACUCCUCCGGCGACUUCCCCAUCAACUUUGGCUUCCUGCACCGCAAAUUCGACACCGCCAUGGUCGCCUUCCUCGAAUGUCUCCGCCAACUCGGCGAGUUUGUGGAAAACACGGGUGCACAUGGUCCAACAGCAACAGCAGCAGGGGGAGGAGCAGGAGCGCCCGGUCGAAGUCUGCCAGGUCCCGGCGCAGCAGGAGGGCCAGGUGCGGGAGCGGGUGUCAAGAUACCGUAUGAGAUUCGCAAGGAUAGGAUUCAUGAUCAGAGUAUCAAGUUGGCUAUGAAUAAGGAGGAGAGCUGGACAAAGGCUUGCAAGUAUACGCUUACGUGUUCCGGCAACACCCACAGCCUCGAUGCAGUCUGCACAAGUGUGAUUUUGCCUCUCAAACGCACUUGCCCAUUCCACGUGCUGUACGACCUGCCGCAUUCAGAGUUGCCACGGAACGGCACGGGAACUAUACCUGGCUACUGUACAGGACCGAGUCGGCAUCCGCCAUCAAACAUCUGGGAUACUUGUGCACGUAGAUGA